GCUUCCUAUUCGUCUUGUUGCAGUUGUUAAAAAAAACACGUACGGCAGUGAUUCAUAAUAUAUUAAAAACAACCUUAUAGCUCUAUUUUUUUUAAUUUGUUUUGAGAAUUAUUGGAAUUCAGAUUAUUCAAUACCGGACACGUGUUAAUGCGACACCAUGUACUCUCGUCUAAACAGGUUAUCUGGACACAAGAUGAAUAACUUGGUUAGCUCAUGUUUGUGAAGCUGUUGACUGAAACAAAUGAGUGUCUACUCUUGCAACAAAGUGUAUAAUAUUAGGUGGUAUCAUUUAACCUGUGUCUGGAUUUGGCGAAGCGGAGUUUUUCCUCGCAAGGACUCGCUAGCUUAAGGCUGCUAAGAAGCUAGCUGUUCAAACAGCUGGGAUAAGCUGUCAACGCACAACAGGAGCGUCUGGCGGGUUAAAUACACACGAGCAUCCUAGCAAUGGAGUUGGCUCACAGUCUCCUGCUGAAUGAAGAAGCUUUGGCCCAGAUAACCGAAGCAAAAAGGCCUGUUUUCAUUUUCGAAUGGCUUCGGUUUUUGGAUAAAGUCCUCGUGGCGGCAAAUAAGGUGGAUGUGAAGGAAAAGCAGAAGAAGCUUGUGGAUCAAUUGACCGGACUGAUCAGCAGUGCUCCAGGUCCACCUACGAGAAAACUGCUUGCCAAAAACCUUGCCACCCUCUACAGCAUUGGCGACACUUUCACUGUUUUCCAGACGCUGGAUAAAUGCAAUGAUAUCAUCAAAAGCAAGGAUGACACACCUGCCUACUUGCCCACAAAACUAGCCGCAGUGGCAUGUGUUGGUGCUUUUUAUGAGAAGAUGGGGAGGAUGCUUGGAAGCUCCUUUCCAGACACUAUUAAUAAUCUUUUGAAGGCAUUAAAGAGUGCAGAGUCCCAAGGCAGAGGAGAGAUACUCCUCAGUCUGCAGAAGGUGCUAAAUGGACUAGGUGGAGCUGCAGCUUCAUGUCACAGGGACAUCUACAAGAAUGCCCGCUCUUUACUCACAGACAGGUCCAUGGCUGUGCGUUGUGCAGUGGCAAAGUGUCUGUCCGAACUGCAGAACGAGGCAGUAUUCAUGUGGACCACAGAACUGGAGAACAUGGCCACACUGUGUUUUAAGGCCCUGGAAGGCUCCAACUAUGGUGUUCGGGUUGCUGUGGCCAAACUGCUUGGGACUGUCAUGGCCACAGCUCUGAUGCCCAAACAAGCUGCUGUUAUGCGUCAGAAUGUAAAACGGGCCACCCUUGAAGAAGUGCUGGAGUUAAUGGCCACAGGCUUUCUGCGUGGUGGAUCUGGUUUCUUGAAAAGCGGAGGGGAGAUGUUGAAAGGCGGGGCUUCUGUCAGCAGAGAAGUCCGGGUGGGCGUCACACAGGCUUAUGUUGUAUUUGUGACGACACUCGGUGGUCAGUGGUUGGAGCGCAACUUUGCCACCUUCCUCUCCCAUGUUUUGGACCUUGUGUCUCAUCCAAGGGCCACCCAGACGCAUGUCGAAGCGGUGUACUCGAGGCGUUGUGUCUCUUUCAUGCUGCGUGCCACCCUGGGCAGCUUACUCGGUGAGAAGGCGCAGAUUGCAGCCGGCAAAGAAAUUUGCCAAGCCAUCAGCAAGCAAAUGAGGGCUGUAGAAGCAGUUGUAAAUGACCUCAAUGGGGAGAACAAGACCGGGGCAGCUGAUGUCUCGGCCAGCCAGCAUGUUAUGGUGUGUGCCUUAAAAGAGUUAGGUAGCAUUGUUCAGAGUCUGAGUGCCACAUCUUCACCUCUCAUCCAGGAACCUUCUAUAGGACUUCUUGAAACCGUGACCUCGGUGCUGCUACACCCCAGCAUGGCGGCUCGUUUGGCUGCAGCAUGGUGCCUGCGCUGCAUUGCCAUGGCACUGCCCUAUCAGUUAACCCCGCUCUUGGACCGCUGCGCUGAGAGAAUUAACAAUCUGAAGAGUUCACCUGAGGCUGUGAGUGGGUACAGCUUUGCAAUGGCAGCUCUUCUUGGAGGCGUACACCAGUGCCCUCUGGGAAUACCGCACUCUAAGGGCAAGUUGGUGGUGAGUAUAGCUGAAGACCUCCUGAGGACAGCGGCUCAGAACAGCCGACUCUCCUUGCAGCGCACACAGGCUGGAUGGUUGCUGCUUGGGGCACUCAUGACAUUGGGUCCUUCCUUGGUGCGUUAUCACCUUCCAAAGAUGUUAUUACUCUGGAGAAAUGUGUUCCCUCGCUCACAGAAGGAGCUGGAAGCAGAAAAGGCAAGGGGAGACUCCUUUACCUGGCAGGUGACCCUGGAAGGCCGAGCUGGAGCACUCUGUGCCAUGCGCAGUUUUGUGGCCCACUGUCCCGAGCUGCUGACAGAAGAUGUUAUUCGAAGGCUGAUGACACCUGUUGAAUGUGCUAUGACUAUGAUAUCUCAUGUCCCUGCCAUUAUUAAAGUCCACGGUGCACAUCUGAAAGCAAGUGCAGCAAUGGUGAGACUAAGGCUCUACGACAUUUUGGCUCUAUUACCCCCUAAAACAUACGAAGGCAUCUUUAAUGCCCUCCUCAGGGAGCUGGUGGCAGAAUUCACUUUGACCGACAAUUCGUCCAACACCACCACCUCUUUGUUGCGCUCUCUCUGUCACUAUGAUGACAGUGUGCUCAUGGGCUCCUGGUUGCAAGAAACUGACCACAAGUCCAUUGAAGAUCAGCUGCAGCCUAAUAGUGCGUCUGGCAGUGGGGCUCUGGAGCAUGAUCCUUCCUCCAUUUACUUGCGAGUGCCUGUUGGUGAAGCCAUUCCAGGGCCGCUCCCUUUGGGAGUGUCGGUCAUAGAUGCCUCUGUGGCUUUGUUUGGAGUAGUUUUCCCCCAUGUGUCUUUCAAACACAGGUUACAAAUGUUAGACCACUUUGCAGAAUGUAUCAAGCAGGCUAAAGGUGUUCGUCAGCAGUCCGUUCAAUUGAACAUCUUCACUGCUGUGCUGAGUGCUCUCAAGGGUUUGGCUGAGAACAAGAGUACUUUGGGCCCUGAGGAGGUUCGCAAGUCUGCCCUGGCCCUGGUGAUGGGGGCCUUGGACAAUUCUAAUCCUAUUCUGCGCUGCGCUGCUGGUGAGGCCCUCGGCAGAAUGGCUCAGGUGGUGGGAGAGGCUACUUUCAUCGCUAGAAUGGCACAGACCAGUUUUGACAAGCUCAAGUCGGCCCGUGAUGUGGUGUCAAGGACGGGUCAUUCACUGGCUCUCGGCUGUCUGCAUCGAUAUGUUGGAGGGAUUGGCUCUGGCCAACACUUAAAGACCAGUGUUAGCAUUCUGCUGGCCUUAGCCCAGGAUGGAUCCUCUCAUGAGGUUCAGACAUGGGCUUUGCACUCUUUGGCUCUAAUUGUGGACUCAAGUGGUCCCAUGUACAGAGGCUAUGUGGAGCCUACCUUGUCCCUAGUUCUUACCCUGCUCCUCACAGUUCCCCCGUCUCACACAGAGGUGCAUCAGUGUUUGGGCCGUUGCUUGGGAGCCCUUAUCACUACUGUUGGUCCAGAAUUACAAGGAAAUGGUGCCACCAUCUCCACCAUCCGCUCAUCCUGCCUGGUUGGCUGCGCAAUAAUGCAGGAUCACUCAGACUCUCUGGUGCAAGCAGCCGCCAUCUCAUGUCUGCAGCAGUUACACAUGUUUGCUCCUCGCCAUGUCAAUCUCUCAAGCUUGGUGCCCUGUCUUUGUGUGCACCUUUGCAGUUCUCACCUAUUGCUGAGGCGCGCUGCUGUAGCCUGCUUAAGACAACUUGCUCAGAGAGAGGCUUCUGAGGUAUGCGAGUAUGCCAUGAGCCUGGCAAAGAAGGCAGGGGAUGGUAAAAAGGUUGCAAAUCUGAACAUCACUGAGACAGGGCUUGAGGGGGCACUAUUUGGUAUGCUGGAUCAUGAAACCGACAGGAAGCUGUGCUCUGAUAUUCAUGACACACUGGGCCACAUGCUGUCAUCGCUUGCUGUAGAAAAGCUUUCUCACUGGCUUAAACUCUGCAAGGAUGUCCUUGCUGCAACAACAGAUGUAGGAGGAGCUGUUGCAUUUGAGGUGGAAAAAGAUGAAGACUCUGAGAAAAAAGACGAAAUGGACGAUGACAUCAUGUUCACGGGUCUAGGCGAAGAUGACAAGCCUAAGCCUUCAGUGGCUCCUCGUUGGGUGACACGGGUGUUUGCUGCAGAUUGUUUGUGCCGCAUCAUCCUGCUUUGUGAGAAUGCAGACAAAGCGCACUUUGACCUGGCAGCUGCACGUUCUGCAAAAUCCAAGAACCCCAAAGGAGAUCUGUUGGUGCUCCAUUUGUCUGAUCUCAUUCGGAUGGCCUUCAUGGCAGCCACAGACCACAGUAACCAACUGAGGAUGGCUGGUCUGCAGGCUCUGGAAGACAUCAUUAAAAAGUUUGCCUCUGUUCCCGAGCCCGAGUUUCCAGGGCAUGUUAUCUUGGAACAAUACCAGGCCAAUGUUGGAGCGGCUCUUAGACCUGCUUUUUCUCCUGAUACACCUUCUGAUAUAACCGCUAAAGCAUCCCAGGUGUGUAGCACAUGGAUUGGCAGUGGUGUUGUAAGUGACCUUAAUGACCUACGGCGAGUCCACAACCUUCUUGUGUCAUCACUGGACAAAGCGCAAGCUGGAAAGGGUUCAUCCAGUCAGCUAUACAGUGAGAGUGCCACCACGAUGGAGAAACUGGCUGUGUUGAAAGCAUGGGCAGAGGUUUAUGUGGUGGCAAUGAAGAUAAAGAAAGAGGCAGAGGCAAAGCCUGAUAAAACAAUACGAAGUGGAGAUGAGGAUGAAGAUGAUCUGGGUGCAGAUGUGCUUCCACCUGACAGUCUCAUCACUUUAGUGCAGCCUGAGCUGCCCUCGCUGAGUCGACUGUGGUUGGCCAUGCUCCGUGACUAUGCUCUGCUCACUCUGCCUGCUGAGUUUUCCAGUCAGCUGCCUCCUGAUGGUGGUGCGUUUUAUACUCCAGAGACGAUAGAUACAGCAAGGCUUCAUUACCGGGGCUCUUGGGCUCCUGUACUGCAUGCUGUGGCAUUAUGGCUUAACAGCACUGGCUUUGGAGCUUGUGAGGAAAAAGAAGAGGUUUCCUCCAAGGUUCCUGCUCUCCACUCAGGAGCCUUGUCAACUGCAAAGACCUUUGAGGAGUCUGUCAAAGACAGGAUGCAUCUAAUGUUAGGUGUCAGUAUAGAGUUCCUUUGCUUUCCCAGGCCCGAGGAACCCAUUGAACAUGUCAUGUCCUGCCUCCAGGCCUUGUCCACUCUGCUUGAGUCUCCUUGUGCAAAGACCCAUAUUGCAGAGGACCAGCUGUUGGCAGUGGAGCUCCUGAAUGUACUUCACAGACUGCUGCUGACCCGGGACCCUCCUGUCAUCCAGCUCCAGGUUACUGCUGUGGUACAGGAGAUCAUAAGAGCCGCACUAAACCAUUUGCAGCAACAAAAGAGUAACAAGGGCAAAGUGAAGGAAGGCCAGAUUGAUUCUCAACUCAUCCUAGGGGAAGGGGGAGAGACAGGCGAGCUCGUCCCAGGCAGCUCUUUGGUGUUUGCUUCAAUGGAGCUGCUGGUUUUCAUCCUGGUUCGUCACUUACCUCAGCUCAAUACACGUGUGAAGGAGUCACCGAGUCAUGUACCGAUGAGGCCUCAGCGACUACCAGAGGAGAGCGCACGCCUUGUGGCAAACACGGUUGCUAUUCUGGCUGAACUGCCCUUGCUCUGCUCUCCUGCUGGCAGCAUGACCAUCCUACCUACUGUGCUCUUUUUAAUUACGGGGGUGCUGAGAGAAACUGCAGUCAAGACUGCUGACAACUCAGUAUCUACGUCCGUGUCUGCUGCGCUGCAGGGAAUCAAGACCAUUAUCAUCUCCCCAGUGGCCCGUGUGGAUAACCUGCAGACACAGUGGAGUGCCCUUGUGAGAAGCAGUCUGGCCUCUGUACUUGAGGACUCGCAGCCAGAUGAGUCCAGGCCUGAUUUGGAUGAGAUCAGCAUGUUGACAGCGAUUACACUAUUCCUGCUCUCUGCUAGUAAUGAACUUGUAGGAGUGACUGUCCUACAGAAGGGCUGCAUGGAGCGCUUCCGUAAUGCCCUCAACUCUAGUGAUCCAUGGGUUCAGGCACGGUGUUACCAGCUGCUGCUGUCAGUGUUUCAGCAUUCCACCCGCCCCCUUUCUACCCCGUACAUUCAUGCUCUGGCUCCCCUCUUGGUGGAGAAACUGAAGGCAGUUGAACGCAGUCGGCCAAAGACUGCCGCCGAGCUGCAGGCUGUGCAGGAGGGCAUCAAGGUCCUGGAAAAUCUGGUCGGAAUGGGUGAGGAGCAGAAUCGUGUGCAGUUGGUGGCCCUUCUUGUUCCAACUCUCAUCUCCUACCUUUUGAAUGAAAAUGCCAUUCCCUCUGCCUCCCAAGCAUCCAAAGACUUACAUGACUUUGCCCUUCAGAACUUAAUGCGUAUAGGUCCUUUAUAUCCAGCUGCAUUCAAGACAGUAAUUGGUGCUGCACCUGAUCUUAAAACCAGCCUGGAAUCUGCUGUUCGGGCAAACCAGGCCAGCAGCAAAGCCAAAGAUGCAGCACGACAAGCUCAACCAACAGUCCAAGCUGCACCGACCAUCAAACUCAAGACCAGCUUCUUCUAAAACCUUCAAAUACUCUGACCACUUUCACAGAUUACAUUCAUGUCUCUUAGUUUGCUGUGAUUCUUGUCCACAUAAUGUCUGUAUCAAGUAGAAUGUAGCCAUCUCUACAAAUUGAAAUUAUGUACACAUUGGUUGAGUUCCUUUUGAAUGUUCACCCAAAAUGUUCUCCUUGUAUAAUCUGUUGUACAUAUAUGAUUGUGCAUGUGUAUCGUAUACUCAUUUGAUUUGUAACAUAUACUUUUCCCUUAUGCUACUUUCUUUUUUUAACCUAAUUACUUAUUUUUCCAUCACCAUAAGCCUUACAGUAAUCAUUUCUAUUGUCUCCUGUUUUUGAAUAAUGUACAUUCCCAUGUCAUAUUUCAAUCAUGUGAUUAUUCUGAGCCUCAGGCUACAGUAUGUUGCAUAUGAGCAUUGCAUAUCAUAUAUACAGUCAAGAAAAUAAGUAUUUGAACACCCUGCUAUUUUGCAAGUUCUCCCAGUUAGAACUCAUGGAAGGGGCUGAAAUGUUCACGCCAGGUGCAUGUCCACUGUAUGAGAGAUAACCUAAAAAGAAAAAUUCCAGAAAUCACAAUCUAUGAUUUUUUUUAACAAUUUAUUCAUGUGAUACAGCUGAAAAUAAGUAUUUGAACACCUGUCUUAUCAGUUAGAAUUCUGACCCUCAAAGACCUGUUAGUCCGCCUUUAAAUGUCCUCCACCACUCCACUGUAUUAUCCUGAAUCAGAUGCACCUGUGUGAGGUCGUUAGCUGCAUAAAGACACCUGUCCACCCCAUACAAUCAGUAAGACCCAAACAUUCAGCAUGGCUAAGAGCAAAGAGCUGUCCAAAGACACCAGAGACAAAAUUGUACAGCUCCACAAGGAUGGAAAGGGCUACGGAGAAAUUGCUAAGCAGCUUGGUGAAAAAAGGUCCACUGUUGGAGCAAUCAUUAGAAAAUGGAAGAAGCUAAACAUGACGGUGAAACUCAAUGGUAAUAGAGCUCCAUGCAAGAUAUCACCUGGUGGGGUCUCAAUGAUGCUAAGAAAGUGAGGAAUCAGGCCAGGACUACACGGCAGGACUUGGUCAAUGACCUGAAAAGAUCUGUUGUUGGUAAUACACUAAGACGUCAUGGUUUGAAAUCAUGCAUGGCACAGAAGGUUCCCCUGCUUAAACCAGCACGUUAAGGCCCGUCUUAAGUUUGCCAAAGACCAUUUGGAUGAUCCAGAGGAGUCAUGCGAGGAAGUUUUGUGGACAGAUGAGACCAAAAUUUACCUUUUUGGUCAUAAUUCCACUAUGUGUGUUUGGAGGAAGAAGAAUGAACAUCCCAAGAACACCAUUCCUACUGUGAAGCAUGGGGGUGGUAGCAUCAUGCUUUGGGGGUGUUUUUCUGCUCAUGGGACAGGACGACUGUACUGUAUCAAGGACAGGAUGACUGCAGCCAUGUAUUGUGAGAUUUUGGCCAAAAACCUUCCCUCAGUCAGAUCAUUGAAGAUGAGUUGUGGCUGGAUCUUCCAACAUGACAAUGCCCCAAAGCUCACAGCCAGGAAAACCAAGAAGUGGCUUCAUAAGAACCAUAUCAAGGUUCCGGAGUGGCCUAGCCAGUCUCCAGACCUAAAUCCAAUUUAAAAUCUUUGGAGGGAGCUGAUAGUUAAAGUACCAAUGAUUGUCACACACAUACUAGAUGUGGCGAAAUUAUUCUCUGCAUUUGACCCAUCACCCUUGAUCACCUCAUGGGAGGUGAGGGGAACAGUGGGCAGUAGCGGUGCCGUACCCAACCCCCUAUUCCAACCCUUAAUGCUGAGUUCCACGCAGGGAGGUAACGGGUCCCAUUUUUAUAGUCGUUGGUAUGACUCGGCCGGGAUUUGAACUUACGACCUACCGAUCUCACGGCGGAUACUCUAACCACUAGGCCACUGAGUAGGUCUGUGUUUCUCAGCGACAGCCCAGAAGCCUGACUGAUCUAGAGAAGAUCUGUGUGGAGGAGUGGGCCAAAAUCCCUCCAGCAGUCCGUGCAAACCUGGUGAAAAACUACAGGAAAUGUUGGACUCCUGUAAUUGCAAACAAAAGCUACUCUACCAAAUAUUAAUGUUGGUGUUCAAAUACGUAUUUUCAGCUGUAUCACACAAAUAAAUUGUUAAAAAAUCAUAGAUUGUGAUUUCUGGAUUGUUCUUUUUAGGUUAUCUCUCAUACAGUGGACAUGCACCUACUGUGAAAAUUUCAGACCCCUCCAUGAUUUCUAAGUGGGAGAACUUGCAAAAUAGCAGGGUGUUCAAAUACUUAUUUUCUUCACUGUAUAUAUAAUAAGAUUAUGGUUAUUUUAUAAUUUAGCUUUGAUCAGAAAUAACUGCCUUUAUUAGUUCGAUAGUAUAGAUCACAGGAGUCAAACUAAAAUCCCAAUUGGAUGUCUAGUUCUUUUAAUUUGGGCAGGACUACAAUUUUACUGUUUCAGUUUUUUCAAUUUUAAAUGCUUGUUAUUUACCAACUUGUUAGCAAAAAAAAUUAUUAUGGUAACACUUUAGUAUGGGGAACAUUCUACGUAACAAAGACUUAAUUUAGAGUUAUUUGGACACAAGGCGAACAUAUAAGGGUUUGGGUUACUAAUAAGCAAUAAUUCUGAGGUUAUCGAGGGAAGACUCUUUGUUAAUGGCUUAAUGGUUGUAUAAUAAGGCCAUGCAGAAGAAGGCAUUAAUAAGUACUAAAUAAUGACUAAUUAAGAGCCAAUAUGUUACUAAUUUGCAUGUUAAUAAGAAACGAAUUAAUGGUGAAUAUGUUCCCCAUUCUUAAAGUGUUACCGAUAAUAUGAUUUAUAUUGUUUUGACAGUGACAACCAGUCCUCUUAGAGCAACCAAAACAUGAAUGGGCCAUUGUAUAGAUUUUUACUUAGAAAUUCCCGUCUUAAAAAUAAAUUUGUGUUGACCCAACCAUUAUGUUAGUAUUAUUUGUUGGAAUAAGGACAAUUUAUUUUCAUGUUUUAAGUACAUUUAUUUGCUGGUGUAAUGUAGGCAAGCCAUAGAACAGGGGUGUUCAGAGUGCGGCCCGAAGCUAACUGUUUACCGGGCUGCCACACAUUCUGGAAAUGUUAUUGCAAAAAUAAAAAAACAUUAAAAAUA